UUUGAAAUGUCAUGUCAUCGUCGUGUUUAUUCGCAAACUCAUCAGCAGCGGUAGUGCGGAAGCUUUGUGGCUGUUUCUUUGUGGAUAUUCUUUAGAAAUAAGUGAAUUUUACUUUAAUUUGCAAGUGUUUUAUUGGAAUUUUCCGUAAAAAAGCAGUAGUUGACGAUGCCUAGCUUCACAGUUAAAGUCAAAUGGGGCAAGGAAAAUUUCCCUAGUGUGGAUGUUAAUACUGACGAGGAACCAAUGCUGUUUAAAGCACAGCUGUAUGCUCUCACUGGAGUUCAACCGGAGCGCCAAAAAGUCCUAUGCAAGGGAAUCAUCUUGAAGGACGAUGAGUGGAACGUACCAAUAAAGAAUGGAGCUAUGCUGCUUUUACUGGGUACAAAGGAAGAAGUUCCACAAGAACCUGUGGAAAAACCUAAAUUCAUUGAGGAUAUGAACGAAAGUGAACUGGCUACUGCUCUUGAGCUUCCAGCUGGUUUGGCGAACUUGGGUAAUACCUGUUACAUGAACGCAACGUUGCAGUGUUUGAAGUCUGUGAGAGAAUUGCGCGAUUCACUGAAAAAAUUCCAGGAUGAUUCGUCGGGGGUUUCUGGCUUGGCUGGGCUAGCUUCGCCCGGAGCUAUUACACUGUCCAUGCGAAAUUUAUUUGACGACAUGGAGAAGAGUGACACUGUUACACCGGUGUUAUUCCUCCAGCGAUUGCACAUUGCGUUUCCCAAUUUUGCACAAACGGGAGAAAAUGGAACAUAUCGGCAACAGGACGCUAAUGAGUGUUGGUCUGAGCUAUUGAAGAUGCUGCAGCAGAAGCUGCCCGCCACUAAGGGAGAUACCGAACAACUUGUGAAGCAUAACUCAUUCAUUGAUCAAUGGUUCGGAGGGUCUUUCGAUGUCGAUAUGAAGUGCACAGAGGCCGAAGAUGAGCCUGUCUCAAAAUCGAAGGAAAAUUUUCUUCAAUUGAGUUGCUUCAUUUCGACCGAAGUGAAAUACAUGCACUCUGGUAUUCGAUUGAGGUUGAAGGAACAACUGACGAAACAAUCACCUACUUUGGGGCGAGAUGCUGUUUAUACCAAAACGUCCCUCAUCAGUCGCCUUCCGGCAUACCUGACAGUGCAGUUCGUCCGGUUUCAGUACAAGGGAAAGGAAGGAAUCAACGCCAAGGUGCUGAAGGAUAUUAAAUUCCCGAUAGACUUUGACGCAUUCGAGCUAUGCACUCCGGAACUGCAGGGCAAAUUGUCCCCGAUGCGCGCUAAAUUCAAGGAAGCUGAAGAUGCAGAACUCGAACGAAACCUCAAGGGCAAGAAUAAAAGUAAGGCGCAGCUGGAAAGUGAGAAGCCAAAAACCGUUGCCCAGCCGUACUGCUUUGAAGAUGACUUGGGUAGCAACAACAGCGGUUAUUAUACGUUGCAAGCAGUGUUGACUCACCAGGGAAGGUCGAGCUCUUCGGGUCACUAUGUGGGAUGGGUCCGUCAGAAGGGUGAUCAGUGGAUCAAGUUCGAUGACGAUUAUGUGUCGCCUGUGGACACGGAUGCGAUUCUGAAGCUGUCCGGAGGUGGUGAUUGGCACUGUGCUUACGUCUUGGUGUACGGACCAAAACUGUUGGAGAUACCGGUCGAGGAGGAAAAGACUGCUACCGAUGCUGCCGGAGGAGAUGCCACCGCGACGACGGAGGCAGGUUCGGCUGAGAAAAUGGCUGUUGAUUAGUUAAAAUGUGUCGUUUUGCGGGUACUAUUUAUGAGAAGCAUGAUUUCACAUCGUUUACUUGUCGUGAAUAAACGAUCCGUAUGCUG